AUGCCUUCACUUACUGCUUUGCCUGAAACCCUAUCCCCAUCAUCUGAAGCCCUCACAACGAAGGCUAAGAAGAUGAAGAACAUCACCUCCGAAACCGUCGGACUCGGAUCUCCAAUUAAGAAAGAGAAAAAGAGCAAAAAAAACAAGACUACGCCGCAGACCGACUCUCCAUCAGAUUCUGAAAAAUCCGAGAAAAAAAUCAAGAAGAAACGCAAGGCUUCUUCGGAUACAGAUAACGAGGAGGGAAAGAGCGAUACUUCUGAAUUAGUCGAGCCUAUUAAUCUCAAGAUUGAGGAGUCGAUGAAGAAAAGUAAGAAGAAAAAGAUGAAGACGGCUGAGGCCGAUGAAGAGGCGGAACCGAUUAAGGAAGAUAAUCCAAAUGCGGUUUCCAAAUUUAAGAUUUCCGAGCCGUUGAAGAAUGCCUUGAAGGCCAAGGGGAUCGAGGCCUUGUUUCCUAUUCAGGCUCGGACCUUUGAAUCGAUCUAUGAUGGUCUCGAUUUGAUUGGGAAAGCUAAGACCGGUCAGGGGAAAACAUUAGCUUUCAUCUUGCCAGUAUUAGAGUCCCUUAUCAAUGGACCUGAGAAGGUUUCAAGGAAGACCGGCUAUGGCAGGUCACCUACAAUACUUGUGCUUUUGCCAACAAGAGAAUUAGCAAAGCAAGUGUACACAGAUUUCAAAUACUAUGGAGAUGCUGUAGGCCUCUCUUCAUGCUGUUUGUAUGGUGGAGGUGGAGCAUCCAUUUCUCCUCAAACUGUUCAAUUGAAAAGAGGUGUGGAUAUUGUUGUAGGAGCAGUUGGACGUGUCAAGGAUCACAUAGAAAGAGGGAAUCUCGACUUAUGCUCAUUGAAAUUCCGUAUCCUCGAUGAAGCUGAUGAAAUGUUGAGACAAGGUUUUGUUGAAGAUGUUGAAUACAUUUUAGGCAAAGUGAAUGAUGCUACAAAAGUCCAAACAGUUCUAUUCAGUGCUACUUUACCUGCUUGGGUCAAUCAUAUUGCAUCAAAGUUUUUAAAACCAAACAAGAAGAUUGUUGAUCUUGUUGGUGUGCAAGUAAUGAAAGCCAGUGAAAAUGUGAGACACAUCAUCAUGCCUUGCUCUUGGUCAGCUAGGUCACAGCUCAUUCCUGACAUCAUUCGCCAUCAUAGCAGUGGAGGAAGAACAAUUGUUUUCACUGAAACUAAAGAUUACUGUUCUGAACUUUCUGGUGUCCUGGAGGGAGCACGCCCUCUUCAUGGAGACAUUCAACAGUCUGUUCGUGAGGCUACACUUGCGGGAUUCCGAUCUGGCAAGUUUAUGACACUAGUGGCCACGAAUGUUGCAGCAAGAGGACUUGACAUUAAUGAUGUCCAGUUAAUCAUCCAGUGUGAACCACCGCGUGAUGUUGAAGACUACAUUCAUAGAUCCGGAAGGACAGGAAGGGCGGGAAAUUCGGGUGUUGCCAUUACACUUUAUGAACCAAGAAAGUCAAAUAUUUCAAAAUUAGAGAGGGAGGCAGGUGUGAAAUUUGAACAUAUUUCCGCCCCUCAACCUGCUGAUAUUGCUAAAGCUGCUGGUGGUGAUGCUGCAGAAGCCAUAAUUCAAGUUGCGGAUAGUGUGAUCCCUGUUUUCAAGUCGGCUGCUGAAGAGUUGUUGAACAAUUCCGGCCUAACACCAGUAGAGCUUUUAGCAAAGGCACUUGCCAAGAGCAUUGGGUAUACCGAAAUCAAGCACAGGUCACUGUUAUCGUCUAUGGAAAAUCAUGUCACGUUGCAUCUUGAGGCUGGAAGACCUGUUUACACACCUUCAUUUGCGUAUGGUGUGUUGAGGAGGUUUUUGCCUGAAGAGAAGGUGGAGUCGAUUCAAGGUCUUGCACUGACUGCUGACCAAAGGGGUGCGGUUUUUGAUGUUGCUUUGGAAGACGUGGAUCUUUUCCUUGCUGGCCAGGAGAAUGCGGCAGGUGUAACUUUGGAGGUGGUGAAGGAGCUGCCACAAUUGCAGGAGAGAGAGCAGACCAGGGGAAGAUUUGGAGGUGGUGGUGGUCGUGGUGGUGAUAGGAGAGGUAGUGGUGGUGGUGGGUUCUCUCGUGGAGGACGUGGUGGUGGAUUUUCCAGAGGCUUUGGAGGUGGUGGUGGUGGUGGAAGAGGUGGGCGUGGGGGAUACAAGAAAUGGUGA